CAAGAGAUAUGCUAAUUUAUCUAUCUGUAUUGAAAAGCUGUUCAUGAUUCUGGCUGCAUAAAACCCUUUCUGUAUGAACCACCUCUAGCCUCUUGCAUUUCUCUUAUUUGUUGUAUUUUGCAAUAUAUAGUUUUUCAUUAAAGAAUGAGAAGAAGCACUUUGUUGUUUUCAACCUUCUUCUUCUUCCUCCUAACAUGCCUCAUUGCAAACUCUGCAACACACAACAUCACCAGAAGAAGUAGCAGAGACAAAACCCACAGAAAGAAGUGCCCCAUAACCAGUAGUCCACUUCAGUGUUCAUUAAAACCACCACCACCAUUCCCAGAUUUACCACAAAAAGUGCUCUCAUUUGCAGACCAAAGGCUUCAAGUGGUAUACCCAGUUAUCCAAAACUUCAAGUCCAUCAUCACUUCAGAUCCUCUCAACAUCACUCAAACUUGGGUAGGCUCAGAUAUAUGCACAUACAAAGGCUUCUACUGUGACAAUCCUCCAUACAACUUAUCUGCAAUCGCGUUAGCCUCCAUCGACUUCAAUGGCUUUCAUCUCGGUGCUUCUUCCCUUGACGGGUUUCUUGAUCAGCUCCCUGAUAUUGCUCUGUUCCAUGCAAACUCCAACAACUUCUCCGGCACCAUUUCCUCCAAAAUAGCCAGCCUCCCUUAUCUCUAUGAGCUUGACAUAAGCAACAACUUCUUCUCCGGUCCAUUCCCUACCGCAGUUCUUGGCAUGGACGGCUUAUCUUUCCUGGACCUAAGGUUCAAUUUCUUCACCGGUUCGGUUCCACCACAGAUUUUCACUCAGGACCUUGAUGCUCUCUUCCUCAACAACAACAACUUCAUACAGAGCCUUCCUGAUAAUCUAGGCAGCUCACAUAUCAUCCUCCUCACUUUGGCAAAUAACAACUUCAAUGGCCCUAUACCAAGCAGCAUUGCAAAAGCUUUGUCAUCUCUCACUGAAGUUCUGCUUCUCAAUAACCAGCUAACAGGUUGUUUGCCUUAUGAGCUUGGUUUACUAGAGGAGGCCAUAGUGCUUGAUGCAAGUAACAAUCAGUUAACUGGUCCUUUACCGUUCUCUUUGGCUUGUCUAGACAAAGUUGAGCAGCUAAGUUUUGCAGGAAACUUAUUAUUUGGCCUGGUGCCGGAGGUGAUCUGUGAUCAGCUGCUGAAUUUGGCAAACUUCUCACUCGCCGAUAAUUACUUCAUCCAUGUUGGCCCAAUAUGUUACAGUUUGAUUCGGAGAGGGGUGCUUGAUGUUACUAACAACUGCAUUCCUGGUUUUCCAUUUCAAAGAUCGAUUGAAGAAUGUGCAGAUUUCUUCUCGCAUGCCAGGUUCUGUCCCAAUAUGGGGUCAUAUACCUACAUUCCCUGCAGUAAGUUUCCUUUUACUUAUUUUGUUCGUCAAGUGGAUCCUACACCUUGAAUUUUUCAUACAUGUUGCUCAGUCAUUCUUUCACUCACCUCUGUAAUUAAGUAAACAAGCAUGCAUGUUAUAUUUCAUGAAUCAUGAGUCAAAAUAUGGUGUACUGUGAAUUAACAACUGAAAAUAAAGAAUUGAUAAGAACCCAUUUAACUC